AUGGACGUUGCUUUGGUUGAGUAUGCGCAUCGGCAACGAUUCAACGCCUGGUGCCAAAAGGCGGGCUCUCCGCCGUGCAAGUCCAAGCAACUGUUUACCGCCCCCACGGGCAAGAUCGCCACGAGCAGCCUCAAGUGGCCGCUGAUCGUCUCGCCUACUCCGACUCCCCUGACGCAGAUCUCGUACGACCCCACGAAGUCGUUGAACCGGUACUCCGUUGCCGGUGCCAACAUUGCCGUGGAUAAAGCGUUGUACCCGAACCGGACGAUGUUGCCGUCGCCUUACACCAACAGCCCCCUUAAGUCGAUGUCGCCGGGGGGGACCACCGUGUGGUGGCGGUGGGUGCGGGGGAAAGCAAGAUCCAGGUCCAAGCGCAGCAUCAUCGGCGUCAACAUCGAGGACGAAGUGUGGUUCUCGCCCAAGAUCCUGCCCUCCCAGGCGUGGGUGCAGAUCAGUGGCCAAAUUUACAAGAGCGUGUCGUUGGACAAUGGCAAAUUUGUCAUCAAGACAUCCAGCCCCAACUGGACCCAACUGAAUGGCGGGCUGAGGCAGGUCGUGGUGGCGAACGGACGCCUCGUGGGGCUAGAUCUGUGGAACCAACUGUUUACCGCCUCCACGGGCACUAUCAAGUUGCAGCUCAUUCUGCCCCCUCCGACUCUCCUGUCGCAGAUCCCUUAUGACGGCCAACGCGUGUGUGGUAUUACGACGGCUAGCACGAUUCUCCGCACCGCGUUCGACCCAUCGAAGCCGUUCGACUGGUACUCCGUGCCAGGCUCCAACAUUGCGGUGGUGUCGGUCCAAGGGGACAACGUGUUUGUCAGCACCACUGAUUCGACUUUGCUCCUCAACUCGACACGUCCUGUUACCACCGUAGCCCCGACUACUACGCUAGCCCCGACUACUACGCUAGCCCCAACGACUACGUGGCUCCAACAACAAUUCAACAACUACAGCGGCGCCAUCUCCCACCUUGGCUCCAACGGAUGGCGAAAUUCGAUCGAAAGCAUUCUGCUGAUCGGGCAAGUCUGCCUGUAA